UCGCGCACAGAACUCAGUUUUUACGCACCAACCAUUCGCGUCCGUACCAAGUAAGAAGUAACAAGAACAUGUUGUAUGUGGAUCUUCUAUAGAAAAGAUUUUGUUUUCCGGUGUACCGUUUCAGAGUGAGCAGCAGGCAAAGUGAAACCCUCCGUGGAGCGUGGGCAGGUGCUCGUUGAAGAAUUUCCGUCAUGGGAGCGCACGGAUGGAGCUCGGUGCGCCUUGGCUUGGUCGUUUUGUCACAUGUGGCGUUUUUCUUCGGUGAAUUCGUCCCACCGACUGAAGCGGGCUGCCGGGAGAGGGACAGCCCAAACUGCUGCACCGGCCGGAAUAACGAAUGUUUUGAGUACACCAGGAGGAAGACGGUGUGCUACUGUGAUACCUACUGCCAGAAGACCAGAGACUGCUGCGAGGACUACCAGCACGUGUGCCAAAUAUCUGCAGCCAUUGACUGUGGGGUUGGAUCUUGGGGUCCUUGGUCAUCGUGCACAUCACCAUGUGGCGUUGGCAGCACAGAGAGGAGUCGCCAAGUGUCUGUUCCCCCCAGAAACGGAGGCACGCCCUGUCCUGACCUCAAACAGCGACGGGGGUGUUUUGGGAAUGACGCCGUAUGUAGCAGCGUGAAAGAAGUUGCAAAGAUCCUACCUGAUUCUUACAAGCGGAACUUUAAGGACCCCUGGAGGCGACCACACAUGCUAAUGAAGGAGGAGAAGCCCAGUUACUGUGUGUACCUUCGUGUGAAACAGGCCAGCAUGGCGUGUAAACUCAAACCGUGGAGCGCUCAGCUGGUGAGAGAGAGGCUGGUCUGUGCGGAGUGUCAGAGCGAUGCCAUGUCAAAGUCAGAUCGCUGUGGAGGGGAUGGACUGGAAAACACCAGAACAUUCUGGGCUGCGGCUUCAGUCCCCGGCUGUCACGGUUCCUGGGUUCGAGAGCUGUCCACUGAGAAAUGCAAAUGUCCUCCCUACUCUGUCCUUUUUGUUUGAGCCUUCGGACAUCCAAAUGCAGGGACAGGAUUCCCUCUCAGUGCUUCCUGCUGACCGCAGAGAACCCUCCCAGCCAAGCUAGACUCUGCCAUCGGGAGUCCCGGAUUGGUAACUCAAGGAGAUCAGCUGCAUCCUGCCACUUUCUUCUCUCACCUCAUAUUCUGCACUGUAUGACCAGUUGUUAAGCACACAGAAAUUUCUGCCUAUAUCUUCGAGUACCACUUUUACCGCCACGUCUUAUUUUACCUCUGAAUCUUUGCUAUCUACCUCCUCCACCAACACAAAUGCUAAUGCAUAAUGUAAAAUAUAUGAAUAUAAUAUUUUGUCUCACGCAUUUUUUACUUAUAAUUGUUUAUGUGUAGUGUUCAUGUGUCUGCAGAGCUACACUCAUUUGUGUCCAACAGUUAAAGAUGAUCCAACAGUCACCGCCCUCAGUUGAAGUCUGAAUCCAGCUCUGAGUUAUCAGUCGGUUUGAGAUGUGAAUGGUUUCGAUUUUUUAACGAGAUCAAGCCAAUUUGUCUCCGCGCUACAAUUCUAUUCGUACUGACAUUUCUUUUUCAUGAAAACUUCCAUGCAAAUGAAUGUGAAUUUAGGGUUUUAUAAGGUGUUCCCAGUCAUCAAGCUUACCCUUUCAUGUCGUCUCAUGAAAGAGAAAGCUCGAUGAGCCAUUUGAGAGAACAUUUUCUUGGUGGUUCUCUCCGUUUGCCGUCUCUAAUAAACACAAGCCUCGGGACUGUUUUCUCUCCCAGCUUGCUCUGCACACAGGGGAGCUUUAUCAGCAGAGCAUCCUCCCAAUAUAAAUAUUAAGAAAAACACAAGUUACUCCCAUAUUAUUAAUCUCCUCCUAGCCCCACAGUUUAUUAUUUUUCCGCUCUUUUCUUCUUUGCUCCCCCGAAUUGAUGUUUUCUUGAAAGAAAUUGCAGAUUAAAAGCAGCUUUGCAUAUUUGAUUUAAGAAUGGGAGCAGGUAAAUUGCCUACAUGUCUUCCUAUGUCUCUGUCACGGCUGGUUUAAGCGAAGGAAAGGCGUCAUCCUAGUAAAGGGAAUUUUUCUCUGGAAAGUUGUCACUCUCUCCUCAUCUCCCAUAUAUGUAUUUGUGUUUUAUUUAUUAUAAAACAGGAGAUGGUUCUGGUCGUAUAACAUAGCAUAUUCUGUACACUGUCCAUUAGUGAAAAUAAACAACUCGGUUAUCAUCUUUCCUGCACUUGUAUAUCUUUCUGCCCCAUGUGUCUCUUUACUUUAGUACAUUUUUCUUGACAGUGACCACCAUCACUAUGU